AUGGGAACGUUGUUCAAUAAUGCAAAGCCAUAUCUGCUGUUGUUGGCCGUCCAAUUUGGCUCUGCGGGCAUGUUCAUUUUUGCGAUGGAUGCUAUCAAAAAGGGGAUGAGCCAUUAUGUGUUUAUUGUCUACCGUAAUGCCAUCGCCUCUAUAACUCUCGCUCCCUUCGCAUUUGUUCUUGAAAGGAAAGUUAGGCCCAAGAUGACUCUGCGGGUAUUUUCAGAGAUUAUGGCACUGGCUUUCUUUGAAAUAAUACUGGAUCAGUGCUUCGCCCUUUUGGGCAUGAAAUUCACGUCAGCAUCUUUCCUAUCUGCUGUGAUGAACUCCGCACCCUCCAUUACUUUUGUCAUGGCUGUUAUUCUAAGAUUGGAGCACAUGAAAAUUAAGGAGUUAGCAUGUCAAGCCAAGGUACUUGGCACAAUAGUAACUUUGGGAGGCACCUUGCUAAUGGCACUAUACAAAGGUCAUGCAGUUGUGGGAUCUUCAACCAACCACGUAGUCCAGCCUGAGAAUGUGAACAACCCCACUAGCAGCCACUGGAUCGUAGGGACAUGUUUCAUCCUCAUUGGUUGUGUAGGCUUUUCUGCGUUUUACAUAUUGCAGACCAUAACGUUGAGAAAAUACCCAGUAGAGAUGUCCUUGGCCACUUUGGUUUGCUUUGUAGGGGCACUUCAAAGCUCUGUUGUAGCAGCCUUGGCAGAGUGGCACCAACCUCAUGCAUGGUCUCUUGGUUGGGAUACAAGACUUUUUGCUCCUGCUUAUGCGGGUAUAAUCACAUCUGGAGUCCAAUAUUACAUACAAGGGAUGGUCAUAAAAUCUAUGGGCCCAGUUAUUGUGACUGCUUUCAAUCCCUUGCGUAUGAUCAUCGUCACAGCCUUGGCUUGCAUCAUUUUAUCUGAGCAACUCUACCUUGGAAGUAUCAUCGGAGCAAUAGUUGUGGUUUUUGGGCUUUAUCUAGUUGUGUGGGGAAAAUCUAAAGAAUGCAAAGGUCGGAUACCACCGUCCCCUGCAGAGGAUGACUUUGCACAAAACCAACGACAGCUACCAGUCACGGCUAAGUUAGUCCCUCAUUGUCAUCAAAGCAACCAUGGGGAGGCCACAAUAUCAAAAUGA